AAAUUCCCCUGCCUUUCGCAACUUUUGAUCAUGUGCUGCCCUGUAUUAAAGACGUUCAUCUCAUCAAGCUCUAGUUUUGACACUGGUACACUUCCUCUAUUUGACGCAAAGGUGGCAUUCCCUAGUGUAGAAGAAAUAGUGAUUGAGUCUAUGGAGAGCUUGAAAAAGAUAUGGCAAGACCAACUUGAUGCAGAUUCUUUUUGCCAACUAAAUUACCUUCGUGUAAAUUCGUGUGGAAAGCUAUUGAACAUUUUCUCGUUAACCAUGUUGGAAAGGCUUCAGAAACUAGACGUGCUGCAGAUAUGGAGUUGCAUUGCGCUAGAAGAGAUAGUCGAUUCACAAGGGCUUGGUGCGAUCCAAUCACAAUCUCAAAUAACCACUGAGCCAACUGUGGUAGAAACUUCCAUUAAGUUAGUCUUGCCAAAAUUGACACACCUUGAUCUUUAUUGGCUACCCAAACUGAAGGGUUUCUAUUGUCAAAUGGUUGAUACUGAAUGGCCAUCAUUGAAAAAAUUGGAGGUGUAUGGAUGUGACCAAGUGCAGAUAUUUGCUUUAGAAUUUUCGAGCUUCCAAAGAACUAAUCGAGAUGACCAAAUUGGAAUUGGGAUCAACUGUCCUCUUUUCUCAGUCAACAAGGUAAGAGCUGCGACAUUCCCUUGUCUAGAAGAACUGGAAUUGAACAAUAAUGAUAUUAUGAAGGAGAUAUGGCAUGGACAAUAUCCAGGGGAUUAUUUUCCCAAACUAAAAGUUCUUAAACUCAUCCAAUUACCUGAGCAGUCAGUUGUGCACCCUUUCCUCUUUCAGUCACCAAAUCUUGAAAGGCUUGUUGUUAGUGAAGCUUCGUUUCUUGAACCAUUCCAAUGUCAAGGACUUGGUGAUAAGGCAAAACCUGCACUUGCACUUACUGAGUCAAGUGAAUUAAGGUUAUCUGAACUUUUGGAAUCAGUUUUCUAUAACCUGAAAAUCCUGGAAGUGUUACAGUGUAGCAACUUAAAGAAUUUGGUGCCAUCCUUUGUAUCUUUCGAGAAUUUGACAACUUUGGAAGUAUCUGCAUGUCCUGAACUCAUAAAUUUAAUUGAGUACUCAACAGCGAAGAGCAUGGUGCAGCUCACAAAAAUUAGUAUAAGUGAAUGUCAAAUGCUAAAAGAAAUUGUGGCGUGUGUGGAUGAAGACGUUAAGGAUGUCAUUGUCUUCAUCCAACUCAAGUGUUUGCUACUUCGUGGUCUACCAAGACUAGCGAGCUUUUGCUCAUGGUAUUGUGGCUUUGAAUUUGCAUCUUUGGAAGAAGUAAUUGUGAUGGGUUGCCCAAAUAUGCAGAUCUUCUCUCAAGGGGAAUGUAGCACCACUAAUAAGUUGCAAAAAGUAAAAUUGACUGUGGAUGAAGAUGAAGGGUUCUGGGAAGGCAACCUUAAUUCCACCAUAAAAAUGAUGUUCACAGAAAAG